UACGAAACGAGCACUAUGUGGUAAUUAAAAAAAUGUUAAAUUUUUAUGGUGUCUAAUCUGUUAUUAAAUUUGUAGUUGUGCAAUUUGCGGGGCAGCAUCCUGGUGGGCUUGGAGUUCCUGCUAUUGGCAUGGCGUUCCCUGGCUAUGUUACUCAGCCCAAUGGAAUGGGGAAUUCAGAAAUGACAUGGCUACCUGUUUUGGCUGGUGCUGCUGGGGCUUUAGGUGCUGCAGGAGCUUUAGGGGAAACAUAUUGUUCACCUUAUAUCACAAUGGAUGGUGCUUAUCAUGCUAGGCCAUCUGGCCAGACCUCUGCAUUGCCUCCUACAAGGUCUGUUACUUGUUAUUAUGAUUUACGAUUCUGAGGGUAUUUAGGUCAUUUACUCAGAAAAA